UUCUACUACUGUUCUGAACCCCAUCUUCUGUAUUUUACUUAAAGUUGGGGCUUUGUAAGUCAAAUAUGUAAAGAUGCAGUCUCAAGGCUGUGCAAGUAUCAUUUUCCUUCGGGUGAAUUUAGAAAUUACAACUGACUCAAUUCAAAAGUAAUUCUAAAUUGCUCUCCACUCUACCAACUACUUCCGGUGACGAUCACAGUUAAUUAAUUAGUUUGUUUACCUGUGUUCAUUUAUUCACAGUAGUUUGUUGGUAGUAUUAGUUAAGGAAUAAUAAUAAUUUGGCAGAAAAGGGUAGACAGUGCAGUGGAAAUACAACAUCCAGUCCGUUGGGUGGCAGCAGUCACCGUUAGCCGCGUCCGACUGGUAACGGGUUUCCGCCGGAAGAAGCAGGACAACAUUAGCUUGAAAGAUUUAGUGAAUGUUAAUACCGAUAAACGUGGGUGUAUCCAGGUGGUAUUUUGUCUCCAUGCGGACUACACUUUGAAGUAACUUCGGUAAUGUUACCGGACUGAAUACUUGAGUUCUUACUAUUAUCCAGCUUUAAGGUGUCGUAAUGCUAAUGCUAGCCAGUACUCAGUAGCUAACAGCUAGCUAGCUAACUUCUUUGCGCAGCUGUUGUUUUUCGGAUAAAUGGACAUGUUGUAAGGUGUAUUUUGUUAAUCCACCCAACACACCUAUCUAAUACAUCGUCGGUACUAUAGUUUCACCUAAUGUUUUGUAGAGACAUUUUGAAGUAAAUAAUAAAAGCAAACAUCAGACUUAGCUUGACGCUAAGCUGCUAUAGCAAGACAGUUAAAGCGUCCAUAUUUCCUACAACAGGAGUCCGACUUUGAGUAAAAUAUCAGUAAACUUGAAACCUGUGAUACGAGAAAUUAGUCACUCCUUAUGGCUGCUUUCGGCUUUACUCCUGCCAGUCAGCAGGAUGUUUUCAGCAUUGAAACAGGACAAUCCAGCUCUAAAACAGUCAGUGUGCUUAGUGGAGAAGAGGCCAGGCAGUUCUAUGAAAACCUAACUAACGAUGGCAUACGGCAAGAUGGAUCAAGGAGGGCAAAUAGCAAGAAGGAUGGCAGAGAACAUCACAUGAGACAGAGGAACAGAGAGUCCAGUAGAAGACUGAGGAGGAGAGUCCAGGCUGCUGGAGCUCAGCAGAGUUCAAAUGAUUCUGUAGUGCAAAGAGGAAUUAGAGGUGAAAGUGAAGACGACCAAAGAAGAGACAGAAGCACCUCAGAGAGGUCUGCAGAACUAAAGGGACUCAGGCUGCUGCGCUGUGCCCACGAAGGUGAUGUCUCUGGCAUCAAAGAGCUGCUCUCAAAGGGAGUCGACAUCAACUUUCAGGAUACUUUCUUCUGGACGGCUGUGAUGUGUGCCAGCUGGUCAGGACAAAGAACUGCAGUGAGGCUCUUGCUGGAUCAUGGAGCCGCCUGGGUUGGAGUGGUUGAUACACAAGGCAGGGAUGCCAAAGAUCUGGCACAAGAAGCAGGCCACAGUGAGGUGUUGGAGGAGUUGUUGAACUAUGGGAGAAGUACACAGAGAGAAACACAGUCUAGUAGCAGAAACCUCCAGCCUCAGUGGUGUGAAGUGUGUCGUAGCAACUACAGCAGCAGUUUGUCAUCUCAUCUCUCUUCCACUCUGCAUCAGUUCAGUCUGAGGCGUCCUCCCCCUGCCCCCUACUACUGCCUCCCGCCCUCCAGCAACAGCUACAAGAUGAUGGUUCGUUGCGGAUGGAAACCAGGAACCGGACUGGGGCCCGAGGGAGAGGGGCCGAAGCAGCCGGUGCCCACUGUGUUGAAGAGGGACCAGAAAGGUCUGGGCUACGGACAGAUGACACGAGCUAAAGUUACUCACUUCAAAGCGAGGGAUGGUGACGCUGUGAAACCACCGCCCAGGGAGAAAGAGGAGAGGGGACGGAGAGGACAGAGGAAGGAAGAAACCAAGAAAGAAGAGCAACAAGAUAAAAACUGGGAAAGAGACUUUCGUGCCUCUUUUUACCUUUGACACCUGCCCUGUCCCUCAGACUUACUGUAAAAUAUGUCUGCAACAGAUCAGAUUAGAAGACAAGUUGAACUGUCAAGAUGUAUGUGGAGCUGCUUGGAGAUGUUUUCCUGUACAGCUUUAACAUUAAUGCCGUGACUCCACCUCAAAGCCUCUGACGUUCAUUUAUGGAGUCAGCUGUGCCGUAUCUGUAGGUUGUGAAACGACCAAAUGUGGCAAAAGUGAUUGAUUUCACCUUUAUGCUGAGUGUGUUUUCUCUGUCUGAUUGAUGUUCGGUUUACUGUUAACCGACUAAGACGGCCUUAAACGGGUUCAUAAUUAGUUUGUAUUUGUGUUUAUCAAAACAUACACAAGACUUGCUGAUCGAAUGAACAUCAUAGAGAAUGCUGGUUGUUCUUGAUUCAAGAGCCUUGAUUUUUUUUAUGGUACAAAAAUAAAGACAAUUUAUACAACUUUUAAGAUAUGCAAAUAGUUUGUUGUAUUUCUCUUUACGACCUUAGUAACAGUCGGUCCUUUUUGAAAGUCAAGUAACGUUAUGUAACUAUACAAACCAACAGUCACCUCUCCCUCAGUGCCUGCUCCAGGUACCGGCAACUAUUUCUUUUUCUAAGUCCAAGUUUUAAGUUUGUGGCAAAUAAAUACAGUUUGUACAAUGUAGUUAAUGUACUGUAGAGAUGUUAAUGUGUGCAUACAAAUAUCAGAGGUAAGAUUAAAUAUUUUUAAAAAAUACUUGCAAUGCACUGCAAUACAGCAGUACAACAAACAGAUGACGGGGAAACAGAUGACGCAGAUGGACCGUAAACUGAUUAUCUUCUUCUAAUUGUUUUAUAUGGGGAAUUACCUUGUCUUUUUAAAUAUGUGUGCCAUUAAGAAUAAAGGGCUUGCUUUCACAGUG